GACAAAAAAAAUACAGCAUAUACUUCCGGGACACGUCAACAGAGCCGCUGGUUGGACGUCACGUUAGCAACAGCAUCAGCAGCUGUGGUGCAGCGACAGUUUUAGAACAAACAUGGAGACUUUAUACAGUAUGCCGUUCUCUGUGCUCGAGUGUCCCAACGUUAAACUGAAGAAACCCUCAUGGCUGCACAUGCCGUCGGCCAUGACCGUGUACGCGAUCGUCAUCGUGUCCUACUUUCUCAUCACAGGAGGUAUCAUCUACGAUGUUAUUGUUGAGCCGCCCAGUGUGGGUUCAAUGACGGACGAGCAUGGACACCAGCGACCAGUUGCCUUUUUGGCAUACAGGGUAAAUGGCCAGUAUAUCAUGGAGGGACUGGCCUCCAGCUUCCUCUUCACGAUGGGAGGGCUGGGCUUCAUAAUCCUGGACCGCUCCAAUGCGCCCAACAUACCCAAACUCAACCGCUUCCUGUUGCUCUUCAUUGGCUUUGUCAGUGUCCUCCUCAGCUUCUUCAUGGCCAGAGUUUUCAUGCGCAUGAAGCUGCCAGGAUACCUCAUGGGCUAAAGACACACACACACCACACUUCAACAAAAAUAAUUCGGAUUGGACGGAUGAGAUUCGACAUUCGGGGGCUCAACAGAGAUUCAGCAAAAAUUAUAGAUAAACUCAACCUGACUGAAAGCACUGACCUUGCUGAAGAAAUACCUCCCAGCUGCACUGACUCACGCUGGCUAUGUCUCGUUAGUGUGCAGUGACUUCCUCCUCUUUUCUUAACAAGUUAAUGAAACAGAUUCAAAACAGACAUCUCAUUAUUAUCCCAGUAUUUCAUUUUUCCUUUGGGAGAAGUUUAAAGUUCUUUGCAGUGGAUGACAUACACUGGAGAAGACCGAGGAAGUUACUGGACACUGUUGGGAUGGAGCCAUUGCUUUAAAAUCUCUGAAUAGUUCAGAGGGGGUUCUGAAUAACGUCCAAGUUGUGUGUAGUUGUCAAGAAGUCAUUGAGAACCCUUCAACCCCUCACAGAUACAUUUGUUUUGUACCAGGUUGUGAAAUAAAUCAUCCUUUUCAGA